GAGGUGGACAAGCUGAAUCACAGAAUCAUGGAACUUGAAAAACUAGAAGACGCCUUUGGGAAAAGUAAGCAGGAGUGCAAUUCACUGAAAAGCAACCUAGAGAAAGAGCGGACCAUGACUAAACACAUGUCCAAUGAACUAGAUGUGCUGAGAGUCAGAAUCAAAGAACUUGAAGCUACCGAGGUUCAUUUGGAGAAGACGGAGCUGGCACUGAAAGAGGAUCUGACAAAACUGAAAACACUGACUGUCAUGCUAGUGGACGAGAGAAAAGCCAUGGCCGAAAAGUUAAAGCUGAUGGAGGACAAAGUGCAAAACAGCACUGGUAAACUGCAGGCAGAACAAGACAAAGUCAACACUGUCACUGAAAAACUGAUCGAAGAGAGCAAGAGAGCUCUGCGGUCAAAGGCCGAAUUGGAGGAGAAGAUGUGUAUUGCCACUAGGGAGAGGGACGAGCUCAAAGCUAAGCUGAAAGCAGAGGAAGAGAAAAACAGUGACCUUCAGUCCAAGGUCAGCAUGAUGAAAAAGCGGCUCCAGUCACUGGAAGCAGUGGAACGAGAGUUAUUGAGGAACAAGGCCAAAGAGGAGCACACAAAGAGCUCAGUUCCUUACCGCUACCAACAAGAAGACAACAAAGUGAAAGAUUUGACC